AUGGGGGACACGGAGCACGACAGUCUGAUGGGGGACAAGGAGCACGACAGUCUGAUGGGGGACACGGAGCACGACAGUCUGAUGGGGGACACGGAGCACGACAGUCUGAUGGGGGACUCGGAGCACGACAGUCUGAUGGGGGACACGGAGCACGACAGUCUGAUGGCGGACACGGAGCACGAGGAGCCGCUCCACCUGCCCCUUGAGUCCCGGCGGACUUGGGGUCCCACCAGCUCCACCCGCGGGACACCCGACCGCUCACCACCUGUGCCUCCGGGCCACGCUCCCGCCGGGGUCCGACCUCCUCCCCGCGGAGCAAGCGCACCACCCGCGGAACCGCAGGCCCGGCCAGACCCUCCGCCCCCACCUCGCUCCACCAGCCCGGGCUCCACCGCGAUCCGCGAUCCCAAUCAGGGCCUUUGUGGUCGCGACCCCCUCUGCCCGGGACACCCCAACACCGGCCUUCGCCGCCGUGACCUCGGGGCGGCCCCCUCCCGCGCACAGCACUGCGGUGGACCCGGCGGCCCGGCCUCCACGCCGUCUCGCUCUCCUCCCCACACGGUGCCCGGGGGCGCCCAUGGCUCCGCUCCGCCCCCAGGGCAGGUGGUCCCAGGCCGGCCAGAGGCUCACGGCGGGCGGCAGGGUAUGCAGGCACCAGCGCCCGGGCGGGAGCGGGAGUUGGAGCCGGAGCUCACCACCGAGGCCGAGAGCGAGGGUCCCACCAGCUCCACCCGCGGGACACCCGACCGCUCACCACCUGUGCCUCCGGGCCACGCUCCCGCCGGGGUCCGACCUCCUCCCCGCGGAGCAAGCGCACCACCCGCGGAACCGCAGGCCCGGCCAGACCCUCCGCCCCCACCUCGCUCCACCAGCCCGGGCUCCACCGCGAUCCGCGAUCCCAAUCAGGGCCUUUGUGGUCGCGACCCCCUCUGCCCGGGACACCCCAACACCGGCCUUCGCCGCCGUGACCUCGGGGCGGCCCCCUCCCGCGCACAGCACUGCGGUGGACCCGGCGGCCCGGCCUCCACGCCGUCUCGCUCUCCUCCCCACACGGUGCCCGGGGGCGCCCAUGGCUCCGCUCCGCCCCCAGGGCAGGUGGUCCCAGGCCGGCCAGAGGCUCACGGCGGGCGGCAGGGUAUGCAGGCACCAGCGCCCGGGCGGGAGCGGGAGUUGGAGCCGGAGCUCACCACCGAGGCCGAGAGCGAUGUCGCGGGGACAACUCCAGGCCAGCGCUGGCCCCGCACAGCUGAGGCGUCCCGGGCAGCAGUAGCCGGGGAAGAGCUCGCACCGCGCCCCAGCCCCGGGGCUCCCGGCACGCCCGGCCCCGCCCGCUGCACGCGCACACCUGCGGCCCCGCAGCCCCCCCCACUCCCGGCCACCCUCGAGGACCCCGCCCCGGAGCCCCAGCCUCGCGGCGCACCCACACCCAGGCCCUUCCCCGCCCGGUCCGCCUCCGCGGAGCCGCCGCUGCCCGGCGCCUUCCACCUUCUCCCGCGCCCAGGGCCGGGAUCACUCUGCGACUUCGCCGCCGCGGCUGGAACGGCACAGCCGCACCUGCUCCGCCGCGGGCGGGAAGCGCGUCAGGCCGCCACGACCCCCGCCCUUCCCUCGGGCCCCUUCCCCCCUGCAGCGCCCACCCCAAGCUCUGGCGGUUUCCCUGCAGCGGCGGCUGCGGCCCGCACCUGCCCCCGCCCCGAGCGCGCGCGCGGACUCCCGUGGGGACGCCCGGGGUCGGGAGUGAGUCUUCUCAGGCCCCAGGACCGGGAGGGCAGCCGGAGGGGGCCUGCGUCCGGCAUGUCCCCGCCGCGGGCUGCAGGCGCCCGCGCGGGCCGGCCCGGCUCCGGGCACUACACGUCCGUGAAGCAGAACGUGCGAGGCUGA